AGGGGAGAGAGAAGAACCCAAUGCCCAAGCUAGCACAUCACGAGGCGGGCGCGGAGGCCGAGAGCAACCGCACAAGAUAAUCCGGGACCGGAGAAGGGGAUCGCUCAGACGAAUGGCCCAUUCCGUUCCUCGGACUGCUUCCUGAACUGUUGGCAUGGUUCAUCCUAGGUUCCUUGUUGCUUGUUCAGGCUCUAAACUGUGCUUCAUCUCCAAUUGUUGCAGCAACUACAAGAGCAUGAUUGGCGGUUCGAUGAUGGCAUCUUUACUGCUGAUGGAUUUGAAUCAGAAACCUCAAUGCAGUUGAAGCCUUCGUGCAGAGUCAGAGUUUGUUGUUGCUAGAACAAUUGCAACAGUUUUGGAGAUUGAAAGUAGUAGCUCAAGGGGUCAUUGGAAGAUCCAAAUUAGCGCAUUUUAGGAACAACUUCAAGUUUGUUCUCCUUUUGUUGAAGGUACAUUGUGAUGGGUUUGCCUCAGGUUCCUGCAGUUAAGGAGGAGGAGCCUCCUAAGCUGAGUACAUGUGUAGUUAGUCCUCCUUGUUUUGGUGGUAGUGGUAAUAGUGAUUUGGGCAGGCUUCCCGCUGGAGGCUCAAGUAACAGGGCAUUUCCAUACCCAUCCAUCAGCGAUCUGAAGAGAAAAGCUGCGUUGGAUUCUUUGAAUGGAUUUGAUGGAAAUUUUGGAGCCAGCCAUGCUGUCAAUGGGCCUGCAGGCUCCCAAGGCCUUAAACCUGAUUCAAGGAAUUCGAGCUCUAGAUCAUGCCCUAAGUUGCGACCUUCUGUUCAGAUGCCUGCGAGGAGGGUUAUUGGGUUUGAAUCAGGUUUUGCAGGUUUCAAGGGAGAUUCUGAUACAAUGGUAGCUGACAAAAUGCAUUCAUCUUUAGUCAUCAACACUUGCCAUUCAUCUAUUGAACAGCAUGGGCCUCAAGCAAGGAAAAGGGUGUUGUCGCCUUUAACUAAUGUGCUCCAUGGACAGUUCAGCGGCGAUGCGCUAAAUAUUGGUUCUGCUGAUGCCAAAAUGCAGCAUUCUGAUCAAGUUAGGCAACUUUGGAGCUCUGGAUUCCAAGAUUGUAAAAAAGCCCACACUGCAUCUCUUGAUUCGUUUGAAUCACCUACUUGGCCAGCCUUCAGACACUCCAGUCGGAGCAAAACACAGGUAGUUGAUAAGUUUAGCAGUAAUAUAUUCACCGAUGGUCCUUUGCUUGAGGGCAGGGAGUCAUAUUCUUGUUCCGAUCACCUAGAGGCCGAAAGGAUUGUGAAUCUCAAAAGGGUUGCGGUAGCUGUCCCACUACCAAAAUUAGCACAUUCCCCUCCACUCAGCUUAUCCCCUCUCGGCCCAAAAUGGAUGCAGAGAGGGAAGAAUGUGGGGGCUCAGAGAGAUUUAGCCAGAGAAAUUGAAAAUGAUUUUCUAAACUUGAAGGAAACAGAAAUAUUGAUAGGUGAAGAUGGUUCUGAACAUGGCGAUAGAAUCAGGGCAAGGGAUGCAACAGGAAAAACUACUAUUUUGCAUGUUAACUUUGAUACGAUGACCCCUAAGAGGUGUUCAGAUAGAAGACUCCAAAAUAGGGUCCCAGAAUCUGCCCCUGUAUCCCCGCGCAUUGGAUGUCUUCGGGGUUUAAGCCUCUUUCCUGUAAGAAGGUCACUGGUUGGCUCCUUCGAGGAGUCCCUUUUAUCUGGUCGUUAUUCGUGUGGAAACGAUAAGCAGAAUAUUGAUGGUUUUCUGGCUGUCCUGAAUGUGACCGGCGGCAACUUCUGUCCCCCAACUCAGAAGCUUCCAUUUGCAGUAACCAGCAUUGAUGAGGAUAGCUCCCUGCUGUACUAUUCGUCGAUUGAUCUUGCUGGGAGGUUGCCUACUAACAACAGCAAAAGCCCAAAACUUAAAAGAAGCUCCAACAAUAAUGAUUCAAGAUCAUCAAGAAGUCGCUUACACAUCCCAAUUAAAGGACGCAUUCAGCUGGUGGUCAGUAACCCAGAGAAGACACCGCUGCACACCUUCUUUUGCAACUAUGAUUUGAGUGGCAUGCCUGCUGGAACAAAGACUUUCGUGCGGCAAAAGGUCACUCUAUCAUCUGUUCCUCCUUCUAAUCCAGUGAAAGAAGGAAGCGAUGCCAGUCACCCAAAGGUCGAGUCAGUCCAAUAUGGAAGUGAACUUAGAGAAUGUGGCGCGCUGUUUUCUGAAUGCUGUGAACAGGGGCAGAACUGCUACUUGACUGAUGAAUCAGAAAAGGGAGGUCACACAAACAGAACAUGUUGCUCAAUGGAAUGUGACAUUAGCGAAUCAAAUGAAUCGAGUCCCAUUGGGAGCUCAGAAAGUCGCGCUAAUGCUAAUGGUUGCUGCUGUCAAAUAGACAGCGAAAAGAAGUCUUGCUGCAGACCUUCCAAAGUGAAUGAUAGUUCAGCUGGAGGCGUUCUUCGUUAUGCUUUGCACCUGCGUUUUCUGAGCCCCUUUUCCAAGAAAUCAUCAAGAUCGAUGCAGCGGACCAAACCUGGCAUGUCAUCAGAACCACUCAAUCGGAGUACCGCGACCGAGGAGGAGAGGCGAUUUUAUCUCUACAAUGAUAUUAGAGUUGUCUUUCCUCAAAGGCACUCAGAUUCAGACGAAGGCGAGCUGCGGGUUGAGCACGACUUCCCUGCUGAUCCCAAGUACUUCGACAUAAGCAAUUGAUUCUUGAACAUCUAACAUGAAAUGUGUACAUAUCAUGCCAUCACUAACUUGUCAGUUAGUCUCUUGUGUUUAUUAGCAUGUACAGAAUUAAUAAUUGCAAUGGAAUAUCCCAUUUCUUCCAA